AUGGAGCCACGGGUGUCACAUUUGUUGGACCCAUCGUCCGCAUCCGCGAUGGCGGCUAUUACGAAACACAAAGCCGAGGCCAUCAAGCUGGCGCGCGAGCAGGGGCAGGCCGUUCGAGAAAUGUGCCGUCGCGCCAAGACCGAGGUGCCGCCGUAUGAGUUCGAGGAGCUGAUUGGCAAAGGCGCAUACGGUCGUGUCUACAAAGGUCGACAGACUUCUUCGGAUCGACUGGUGGCCAUCAAGGUUUUAGACAUCGACUCUUUGGAUUACAAGUCUCUUCGUGAUUUCAGGGAUGAAUCCAUUAAGGAUUUCAUCCAUGAGACCAAAGUCAUGAAGCAAGUGAAGGACUCCGGGGCCAAGAAUAUUAACGAACUCAUUGAGGCUAUAUCUAUUCACUCACAACUGUGGCUGGUUUGCGAGUACUGCCCCGGUGGUAGUGUUCGGACUUUGAUGCGUGCGACUGGCGACAAACUGGAUGAAAGAUACAUUAUUCCCAUUGCCCGUGAACUCGCUGUUGGACUCCGCGCUAUACACGAUGCUGGGAUUAUUCACCGCGACGUCAAAGCUGCGAACAUUCUAAUUCACGAGGAAGGCAGACUGGAAAUCUGUGAUUUUGGAGUUGCAGGUAUUCUUCAAUCUCAACGAGACAAACGGUCUACAUGGAUUGGAACGCCACAUUGGAUGCCUCCAGAAAUGUUUGCAGCACGAGGUGAGGCGCAUCAGUACAGCAGUGAAAUCGAUGUAUGGGCCUAUGGAUGCACACUAUACGAGUUCGCCACAGGGAACCCACCUAACUCGGGCCUAAGGGAGCGCAUGCAAAUUGGCCGUCAAUUGAAUCGCAAUACUCCUAAAUUGGAGAGCGACAGAUACAGCCAGGGUCUGAAGGAUCUCAUUUCAUUCGCACUCGAGUCAAAUCCUUCCGCUCGACCCACAAUGGCAGAAAUUCUUGCGCAUCCCUACCUUGCAGAUACCGAUGAAGCAUAUCCCACAUCGUCGGUCAGCGAGCUGGUCCGGAACUAUUAUCAAUGGUCUCAAAGAGGAGGUCAGCGCAUUUCCCUAUUCCACCCUGGAGGCGCUGCCGCUGCAGAGCUUCCUGGUACCGAAGAAUCGGAGGAUGAUUGGAGCUUCAGUACCACCGAUGGCUUUGAAAGACGAUUCUCUGUCAUCGAUCUCGACCAAAUUGCGGCUUCCUUAGCCCAAAUGGAAGAAGAGAUCAGUCCCACCACCCCGGCCGCUGACAUUGAUUUCAGCGAUGAUGUCUCCUUAUCUGAUGGGGAAAUGAACCCGGAAGAAAAGGCAAACUUUGACGAACGAGUGCGUCGAGGUGCCGCGGCAAUGGAGGGGCUUUUUAACGAAGAGUUGCCGAGUUACACAUACGAAACCAAGAACGAUUUUGUGCCGAUCGACCCGUCUCCACCAUCUACAGACCUUCCCCUUCGCACUGAAACCGAUCGCUCUUCUGUCACCUCUACUUUCAUCGAUAUCGAUAUUGGCUCAUUUGACUCUGCACACUAUGCGGCCGGCGCUGCGGCCACGCAGCCUUUCCAGCUGGCGGAUGCUGAUACCAUUCGCGCCAACCGAAACUUGCAACGCAACUCUAAUGAAUCGACUUCGGAGAGCGAUUCGUAUGAGACCUUCAAACCCCAGUCAGGACCACGGCCUCCGACGAUGGAUUGGAAGUUUCCAACGUUCAUGCCUCCAGAAGAAGAAGAACAAUCAUCCCAGACGACCAAAGAAAUGUCAGUCCCAGAGCCUAUCCAAGAGGAACCGACCCUAGACCCGGCCCUGGCAGAGAAGCGUGCGACCAUGGAAUGGACAUUCCCUAUCAUGGGCGCUCCAACUGAAGAACAGGAGACAGCCACAGAGACGGAUCGCCAUGAUACCGUCAAGGGGCCUGUACCGAGUCUCCAGCGGCAAGCCACAGACGAUUCGAUGAUCUCCCGUCCAUCAACAUCUGCAUCGAACAAAUCCACAAUGUCCGACUCAGACUACGAUCCGUUCAGGUUCGAUCGACCGGCAACCCCGGAAGGAAUAUCCUCCGUUCAGCAGACCCACCUUUUCAAGGAAGAGUUCCCUGCGAUGAUGGAAACGAUAGGGUAUAACGAAUUCGAAGCGUCAGGACUUCUCGAUGGACCGGGGCCAGAUGAGGAGUCUCAGCCUCUUUGGGAAGACGACAAGGAUGUGAUGACGCCCAGUUACAUGCCAUUGCCAACCGCUAUCCCGCAGCGUGAGUCCUCACGCGGGCCCUCGGCCUCAUCAACGUCGGAGCCGGGAUCUCCGAUCUUCGAGGCCUUGCCAACUGCCCGUCGUGAGCCUGACUCGCGAGGCACUAUUGGAAGAUCAGAUGACCUGAGCGCUAUCCCAUUCCCGGCCCUUGUUCCUCCCAGUGCGGAGAGUUUAAUGGAGGGCGUCGAUGAUGGCGUGUUGACACUGGAGCUAGAUCGCUUGCUUGGCGACUUUUUGGAUUCCCUAUCAGCUACGGGCGCGGCGCUGUCCAAGGCAAAACUUGGGUAUGAUGAGAAUAGGGCAGAUGAUACCUCUGAGCAGGCUCAAUGA